CCGUAUUCAAUAUACAUCUUAAGAUUUUUCUUAUCCUUACGUGAUAUUUUCCUUAACUAAAGAUAAGAUAUUUCUUAUCCUUAAAUAGUACUUAAAAAGCUACUUAAGUAAUUUCUUAGCUAAAAUUUUUCUUAAGGUUAAGAAUUUUCUUAUUUCGUUUGAGAAAAUUCUUAAGUACGUUGCCAGGCUAUUCUGGUUUUUCCAUCGCUUAAAAUAGUAACGGAAAUGAGAAUUAUGCGCGCGCAGCGUCUCAUUCAACAUGGCGGAGGUAGCAGACGUAAAGAAACGCCGAAACGCCAAUUUUUCGGCGAAUGACUGCGUUUUAUUGGCCAAUAUCAUGGGGCAGUCAUCCGGUUUGAACGAGAAUUUGACGAACUACCAGUACAUUCGUCACAAGUUUAACAGUAGCAUAACAUCCUCAUCGAAAAAGAAAAACUGGACCUUAAUAUCAGAGAAAUUCAACAGUAUGGCAGAGGUCAGCAGGCAAUGUGAGGAUUUGAUAAAAAAAUGGGAUAAUCUGGUUCAAACUCACAGAAGCAAGUACCAAGACUUCCAAAGAGAACAGUCUCUGACAGGUGGUGGACCAUGCCCAGGAACAUUAUCUGCUGUGACAGAAGCCAUAAUGGAUGUUAUUGGAAGAGCUUCGGAAAAUAUAGUAGGAGUUCCUGGCUCUUCCAAAAAUGACACUUCAUUGAUCAUGCUUGAAAGACUGGCACGGGAGACAGCACAGACUAAAACAACAGAAGAAAAUGAAAUAAUUACAGAAUUUGUGUUUCCUGACAACUUUACUGACAGUAAUGAAUUGUUAGAGGUUCCACUACAUACAACAACCAAACGAAGCAUGACAUCAAUUUCCUGCAUUAAGUGCCAGUGUCCAGAAUGUAAACACACAAGACAGCUGAAAAAGAAGAAGCUAGAACUUCAAAUUAAAUACUUCUCCAAAAUAGAACAAUAAAAACUAUGGAUUUUUAUACAUUCACAUGUGCAUGUAUUAAUUGUUAGUUCCCUUUCUAUUAACUGGACGGGACUUUAGGUUAUUCUCUCCGUCCAUCUGUCAGUUGGUCUGUGUAAACAUUUUUUUUAAUUUAGUUACUGACAAGCACCUGGGCAUUUGUGUUUAAACUGACCACAAUUUUUCUCUGUUACACUCACAUUAUGUAUGACAAUGUUCAUAAGUCUAGCAUUUUUUUCAAGAGUUAUCUCCCCUUUACUUUAAAAACUUUGCUUUUGAAAAUGUUAUAUUCUGGUGAGAACCAGGGAUGUCUAAAGAUUUACCAUCAGAGUGUCUGACAAUCUGUCUGUCUGUACUUUUCUAGACAUUUUUUCCUGAGAUCACUUUUAAAUAAUUUGGAACUUUUCCAACAAAUUUAUUUAAGAUAGAGAAAAGUUGAAACAUUUGUGAAACAUUAUUAUUCAUCCUGAAAAAAUGUUAUCUUUUGAUUAUCUGUUGUAUAAACAUAAUUUCCUUACUGGACAGCAAUAAUUAACACAUUUCUAUGAUACAAACUAAGAACUUAAAAAAUUUUUGAAAGUAAAAUUAUUUAAUUUUCACUAUUUUUUGUUGUAAUUUGGCUUUAACUUGGUUAUUGAUAUAUGUGUUAUCUUCAUACUUGGACAAAACAACAGUGGCUCUUGUUAUGAUAAAAAUUGUCAAUAUAAUUACUUACAAGUUUAAAAGUAUGUGUGUACUACA